CUUAAAAUGCGGAAGUAGCGCUAAAUACUCUGCGUUAUUUUCGAUGUAUAUUUUUAUUUUAUUUUAUUUUCCUACGUUUUUAAGACUUUUUUUUUGUGGUGGGCCAGACUGAACAUUUUUGUAGGGGUACUCCACUUUGUAAAGAGUUUAAAGUAACUGUUCCAAAAUAUACAGGGUGUCAUACGAAAUUUAGUCUUGCUGUUGACAACGCUCAAAACGGUUCAAUACUUUGCAUAUACAGGGUAUAAAAAUUCUAAUCUUAUUUGUUCGUUUUCCCCUACCACGUAUAAAUAUUUAGAAUCCCGGGAAUACAGUAUGCUAUUUUUUGUGCUACGACAUAUUAUAUCUUUCCCUAUUGUGUAAAAAUAUUUUUUGUUUAUGUGAUGAUUUGGCUUCCCGUUUCUUUCCAUUGUUUUCAAUGUCUUUUUAUACUGUACAAUAAGGGCCAAAUUGUACACUUUUAGAGGGAAGCUCCGCUUUGUAAAAGAGUUGUAGGAAAGACUAAACUAAUACCCUACAACCAAAAAUCACAUUUUACAAUUAUAAGUAAACACAGAGCGUAAUUUGUGAUAUACAGGGUGAAACAAAUUACAUACUUUUAAAGAGAAACUCCACUUCAUAAACGAGAUACACGAAAGACAAAACUAGCACUCCUUUGUGCCAAAAUCACAAUUUGAUAAUUUUCAAUACGCAUUGGUUUUCUUGAUAUAAAUUCAUUUAAAAAUGUACAGGUUGUUCGAUAGAAAAUAUUUUUUCUGUUAAGUUAUACACAGUGCACUAUGUUUUUUAAAUACAGGGUGAACAAUUUUUAAUUUUAUUUAUUCUUUUUCUCAUACCAUUUAUAAAUAUAUAAAAUUAUAUUUUUGUUGAUAAAAUUACAAUUUGACAAAUUUCAAUUUUACAUUAUUCGAAAAAAAAGUGAUUUGGAAAUGUUUUCAUAGAAACACAUAAUUUUCUAUACCAGAAAACCGAUUUUUCAAAAAUCUACACUUUCGAAAAUCACAGUAUAAUUGUAAAACAGUACUAGAUAUCCUACACUUGAGUGCUUUUAAAAUAUAAUGACCAAAUUUUUUCAAUGUGUUGAUCUAACCGCAAAAUCUGGUGACACUAACACUAAUUAUACUAAUAGCAUUUGUAAAAGCGAUUCCGGUGCAUUAAAUUUUUGAAUAGUCACCAAUGUGUCUAACGGUUAGUCAAUUUUCUAUUAAGCGGUUACUUGACAUUCCUGCAUUGCGGAUGUGACUUAAAAUAUGUCGCAAUUCCAGGGUAGUAUUGCUGACUCAUAUGUCUGCUUUUCGAGGUGCAGUGCGACAUUUUUGUGGUUGAAUUUAGUUCGGCAACGCUGCAAUUCCGCUUUAUCAGCGACCACCCUGUAUAUAAUAAACAACGUUAAAACAUAAGACGAAACAUAUAUAAUAAAAAGUGCGAUUUCGGAUUGUAUACCGUUAAUGGGCGAACACCCUGUAUCCCGUCGAAGAGUCGAUGACAAAAAACCAACGUAAUCCUUUAUAAAUAAAUCGUAAUUUACUGCAAAUUGUUUGUUUAAACGGUUGGCAAUGUCGGCAAAGGUUAACCGUCUUGUUUAUUUCGUCGGAUAUUUGCAUAAAAUAUACGGGGCGUAUCGAGAGAUUAACUCGGCGCGAUCGAAUGAUAUUUAUCGAUUGCUAUUUUAUGGCGGUGUCUGGAAAAACGCGUCGCGAUAAUCAUGUCGACCGUCGGAAAGUCAUUAGCGCCAAUUUAAUAAUUUUAUUUUUGUUUUACGUUUACAACUUUUUUAAAAAUAUUUUUUUUCAACGCUUAAUACCAAUGAUACAAAACAAGGUAUGCGCUAAUGAUGACGUUACUCCGUCGCUUAAUAUUAAGCAAUAGGUCUUAAUAACACUGGGAGUACGCAACCAAUCAUCCGCUUGCGUAUUUUUAGUCAUAUGUCACUUUUCUCACUAAAAUAUGUCGAAUUUCGUGUGGAAAAACACGUUCUUAGUUGAAAUUAGGGAAUCUAAACGCCACCUAUUUGAAAUUGCCAUUGCAAUAGAAAAGAAUGUUGUGCUUAAAACUCAAUUUGAAGAAAAUUCCAGCAUCGACGUAGGUAUAGAUUGUUCGACAGAUCUACGUUAUUUAAAAGGAAGUAGGUCGGACGUAAGUUGGCGCACCGAUAGGGUCGUAAAUAUUCAGAAAUUUUGCAACUCAUUCGGAUCACCCGAUUGCCUAGUUCUCAGUCGACGUAUUAGCGGCAAUAAAACUGACCGAUUGUAUGACCGCGUAAUAAAAACUGGCCUCAAUUGGUUUUGAUGAUGUACAUGUUUUUUAAUUGUAAACUGAUUCAUCAGUAAUAAUGCCAUGAUUUUUUUUUCGGAACUUAAUUUAAUAUUAAUACAACGAUUUUAUGAAGUCUUUUUCACGGAAUGCGGAGAGUAAUAAAAUAAUUUGCAAUGACAGGUAUCAUUAAACAGGGUGGACAGCUUGAUAGUAUAUUAUGCAUCAAGUGUGGUAAGGGGCAUUCGAGUCAGGUAUUUAUUUGACACGAGCGGACCGCAGCGGAGCGAAUGUUUAAUAAACGAGUAGGUUAAAAAGUUGACCAAAUGUGUUGCAUACUAGACUUUUCCUACAACCGUUAGUUUUUGAAUAUAUUUUUGCAAAACACUCGAAUACACACACGUCAGAAUUGACGAAUGUCAAAAUUCAAGCCGUGCGGUAAUAUCUCCGAAAACACCCGACUGGUUCCAAACCCGUGCUCUAAUAUCCCGGAAAUGUCCGAAGCGACUCGACUCCGCGGGACAAGAAACUCACGUGCUAGAUCGGUGUAUAAAGAUAUUUUACUGAACGGAGUAGAAAAAAAAAUUAUGUCGUAAUGAUUACAUAUAAUUAUAAUUAUAGAAAUGACCAGAUAAUUGAGAGAAUAACACAAAAACAGGUAACUUUAAUAAACAUUAUAGUCGGAGUCAAAUGAACUAUAGUCGUUGGAGCCCAGAGAAAUAACAAUAGGCUCUGCAGCCUUUGCGAGCAUGUUAUCAGGUUGCCACACUCUUUCUUCUAUUUCAAUCAUAUAUUUUUCAAAAUCCACUAAUUUAUCCCUCAUUUGAUUUUAUGCCUUGGUACAAACUCUUUUACUUUCUAGAGAGUUUAAUUCGCAGUGAUAUGGCUGAAAGGGAAGUGCGAUUAUAUUUUGUUUCGAAGCGAUUUUGUCGACAACAAAUUUCAUUCAAAGAAGUUUAUUCAAAUUUACAAUCUCUAGUAGUUCAUUCUUCAGGACAUAUUUUUGAAAUUGCUCAUUUUUAAGCCAAUGAAUGAAUUUUUUUUGACUUGAUGAUAGUCUCCAUUUCGUUUGUUUGAAAUGUUCGUGUCCCCACACAAAAACCUAUUUUUACUGCUAAUAGUUAUAAUUUAUAAUUUUUUAAACUGCCGUGUUUAACAACGCGAUAUUCUUCAUUUGCCCAGGUUCUGUCCAGAUAAUGUUUUACCUUUGAAACUGUUUAACUGCUCUUAAAUAUCAUUUCGUUUAUAACUUUGUCCACAAUUUCUUCUUAUCCCUGGGUGAAAUGAAAUGAUCAUUUCAGACAUUAUUUCGUCCAAGGUACGUAUUUAUUUUUUAAAGUAAAUCGAGGGUAAUAUUCUUCUGAUUGCAGUCUGAAUGUUGGAGUUUGGCAACAACUGCGGAGAGUAACUAUAAUUCUAAUUUUAAACACUAAGGAACUUCAACUACCUGUCCGGCUACCUGCCACUCUCGGGACCCUUGACAAUCGUCAUAUUUGGAAUACUAAGCUUUAGAUUUCAAUAAAGAUACAUAACCCUCUUACAUUAAGAAACACAGCAUAGCAGCAGCAGCAAUUUUUCAUAGGUUUUUUUAAUUUUAAUAUAUCAUUAUUAGCAAAAUUACAAAAUUAGGGCCGCAUGAUGCAUGCGCAUUAGUUUUUAAAUCACUAUUCACAUUUUAUGAUUUUAGUGACUUUGGUUAGUUUUUGUGGCUCCUAAUCUUACAAUGAAAAUGAAAUUUUCUAAAUAUUAUAUUUGGACAACAAAGGUAAAACAAAACAAUCCACCAAGAACAACGCCAUACAUAAACAGAUAAUGCUAUUUUUUUACCGUUACUAUGGUAAAAUCCAAAAUAUAUAUAGUCAACUAGUCAACGGGUGCAGGGUCGGCCUGGCAUAUUUACUGUUAUUUAUUAAUGAUUACAAUGGUCAAGGUACACCUAGUGCUUGUAACGUGUUAUACAAUCCGUUAUGAUUAAAAGUUGCAACGGCAGUCAAAACGUCAACGGUAAUUUCAAAUUUUGGGACACCGUGUAUAUACCCAUCGACGCAUCAAGUUACGUAUACGCAUAUGUGGAGUCGGGUUACCCGUGACAGCCCAUAAAUUAAUCGUCAACGUAUAUAACCAAACAAUUGCACAAUUCGCGUCACUAGCUUUUAUUGUUUAAAUAUUGUGAUUUGUGGGUAGGCACGUUAGAACGUUGCGUCAACGCGACUGGAAUUUAAUUCGACGGAAGUUUCCCGAAUUCCGAACAGUUUAUCAAGUGCAAAGAAUGACACCCUGUAUAUCCUGAGUAGUCUAUCGGUCCCAAAAUGAAACGCGUCUAACUUUAAAAUAGAACCGUCGCAGGAAAUAUAACGUUACAGAAUGUUAUCAGAUGGUUAAGUAAAUAUGUCGCAGAGAAGAAAAACAAUUGACGUGGAAUAUUUACGAUAUUUGACGACGAGUUCGCGGAACGAUAACCGAGCAAAAAAAAAAGGAGAAUGUGGUCGCGUUUUCGCGUCGAAUUUUUGGGCAAGUUCCUUAUCUAAUCGCGAGUGUUUGUGUUGGUGUCCCUAUCCGAUUUUUACAUUGAAUGAACAUGUAAAUUGCAUCGAUAAUGUGAGCCAGUUCCCUGUAGUAGCCUAAACUAUGGGAAAAAGUGCCAGCAAACUGAAGAAACGGUCCAGUUUAAACAACCUCACUUGGAGCAGAUUCGGUUCCCUUCCGCUCCGCAAGUCCAGACUCCAGAAGACGAAUGGCGUCGAGCAGCAACCUAAGCACAAAGACAUCGGCCAGUGGCUCAGAGACCUGGAUCUGGAGCAGUACGCUUCCCUCUUCCACAAAUUCCGCGGCGUCGAAGACUUGCUGGAAUUUUCCGAGUCUGAUAUCAAAGAUCUGGGCGUCAAAAAGUCCUCACAUCGGGCCACCAUCAUCAGCAGCCUGACGUGUCUCCGAGCCAAGUACCAUGAGAAUUUGCCGAAGAAACCUCCCAUACGGCACAGCGUCGCCGUCGACAGCUCCAGAAAAAUCGAAAGGGAGGACACCCUGACCGAUUUAAGGAUCGUCAGUGAGGCCGUCCAAAGCAAAAGCCUUAACAACCUCAUUAUGGAGCCUGUAGCCGAUCCCUUGUCGAACGCCACGGACCUGCGCAAAGCUCUAGAAUGGGAACUCUCGUUGGAUAGUCGCGACUUGCGUUCCCACGCAUGGUACCACGGUGCGAUACCGCGCGCACGCGCCGAAGACAUAGUCAGGGAGGAAGGCUGCUUCCUGGUGCGCGACUGCACCUCCCAACCCGGCAAUUACGUGUUGACCUGCAGGACCAAAGGUCACCCAUUGCAUUUCGUCAUCAACAAGGUGUACCUGCAGCCGGACACCGUCUACGAGAGAGUUCAGUAUCAGUUCGAAGACGAAGCCUUCGAUACGGUGCAGGACCUCAUUACGUUUUACGUCGGCUCGGGAAAACCGAUAACGGUUGUGUCAGAGGCCCGCAUACUGUCGCCCGUGAAUCGUAUGUACCCCUUAUCGUUUUACGCCACCAAGUAUCCCACCCCACUACCUCAGAGCCGACUGUCUUCACCUGCCACCACCCCUGUGGGAGCGGCACAGUACCGGCACAGCCCGUUGCAGCCCUACAGACCGUCUUGUUCGCCGACUCGCAGAGAUGGACCGCCCAGAUUGCCAUCAAAAAAGCAACGGUCACAAUCACUGACUCCGUCGGAAGUGAACAGGAUGGCACAGGAGAAGUGCAACAGCGCUGACGGAGUCAUCCAACCGCCCUUGAUGACUAGGUCGGUUGGCUCGGACGGAGUGGCGUCAGGCUUAAAGUUCUCCACCCAUUCUCUGCCAAGGAUCACCAACAACACCAAACUGUCGUUGUCCUGUAGCGCAAACACGCUCGGACGGAAUUGCAGAAUAACGAGUGACCCGACUCUCUCCCCGUGUACGGAACGUCGUUUCUUGAGCGACGCGGUCGACUCGGGCAUCGAAUCUCCGCCCCCGAAGCCUUCCAGGAUUCCCAGUCUGUCUAGAACGGAGUCCGCAGAUUCCUCCACCCUGGGGUUCCCCUCGCACGGGGGUCUCCAAAGAGUGACGUCGUAUCACGCGAGCGGUUCCGAUUCCGGUAACGGAUCCGGAGAUUCGGCGUUGAGUUCGGCGGCAGGAGACCCCGUGGAACUCCAGAAAGGAUCCGGCGUGAUAAUCAAGAACCCCCGUUACAACAUGUCCGCUUCCGAAUCGUCUACCACGCUCAAGAAUUUCGCCGUCGAUUGUUUCGAAGCGGAAGAGAAACUCGCCAAGAUGGCCGAGUCGACGCCGGCGCCGCCACCUCAGAGCAGGUUCGACCUGGAUAUUUUCCAGACGUUGCUGCUCCCCGUCAAUGAGAACAAACCGCUUGACGCGCAAGCGUUGCGCAGGAUCAAGAUGACUCUCCACGAGUCUGGGUCCCGAAUCCUGGCGAACCACUUGACCAGGACCGAUUUGGAUCUGAUCUUCGGUAAAGGGGAGGAGCCCAAGCUGUCGAGCGGAAUCGAGCUCGCCACCCUACCCCACGGCCGCCAGUUCAGACACGACCUGAUAGAAAGGACGGAGUGCCUAAAAUUGCUGGUCGCUGUCAGUAUUCUGACCUGCGCGGACGAGUCGGAACGAACAGAGACUCUCAAUAAAUGGAUAGAGAUCGCUAUCGACACGAAAACGGCGCUGGGCAAUCUCUACGGCUUCUGCGGGAUUAUGCUGGGACUUUGUCUGCCUCAGAUCGAAAGUUUAAACACCACGUGGCACAUGCUGCGCCAGAAGCACACCGAUUCGGCGUUCAACUUCGAGGCGAAACUCCGACCCACCCUCAAGAACAUGAACAGUUGUUCAAACCCGCAGGCACCCAACACCACUAUACCCCACCUACUCCCGUUGAUCCUGCUCCUCGAACGCGAUCUGCAAUGUUUCCUGUCUCCGGCCGACCAAAGCCAAUUGGCGCAUAGUUGCCUGAGCAUGUGGGAGUCCAAUAUGCAAGACUUCGGCCUGUCGACGCUGCUGAAUCACCUACAAGCGGCUCGGAAGUACACCGAUUUGCACCACACCUACCAGAGGAACGCCGAAAUCGUUUUGGACGAAGCGAGGAUGGACGAACUCACCCUCGACAUGUUCAAGACCGAGUUUCACCUAAAAUUCCUCUGGGGCAGUAGGGGCGCGUACGCGGAGGCGGCCGAACGGCACCACAAGUUCGAACAGGUGCUGUCGGUGAUGGCCGAGAAGUAUUGCAACCUGAAAAACGACGAGGAAGUCUAAUUUUGCGUUUUCGAAAAA